AUGCUAGCCCGAAAUAUAAUCUGUUGCGCUACAUUUUUUGUCGCUAUUGCAUGUGGAUUGCUCAUUACAAUUGUGCUCGAUUUGCUCCCAAUUUGGCUCAAAAACCCGGUAGCACAUUGUAUAGAAAAUUGCAUAUUUUUAAACCCUUUGCUCAUCUGUUCUGUGGCAAUAAUCAGUGUACCCUCAUGGAAAAAGGAGUUUAUUGAAGGAAUUCCGUUUUUGAAGAAAAUUCGAAAUGAGCCGAAAAAUUCACAAAGUGUGUUGAAUCCGGAAGAUGAGACGAGAGAAUACUUCAAUCAGUUGAGAAAUGCAUGGCUGUGA